AUGGCGUCAUCUGCAGGCUUGAAGCCGCCUAGGCCGAUUGUGUUGGGGGAAAACAUGGCCGCCCAAUGGAAAAACUGGAUUCGGCAAUACUUGUGGUUUGCUACAGCAACGCAGCUGUCAGAUAAGCCGGAGGAGGUACAGGCAGCAACGUUCAUGAGCGCGAUAGGAGAAGAUUGUGUGCGGAUAUACGAUACGUUCUGCCUGCGUCCGGAAGAAGAACAAAGUGUUGAAAUAAUCAGAGCGAAAUUUGAUCAGUAUUUUACGCCAAAAUCGUGUAUCACGUUUGAGCGGUACAACUUCAAUCAAAUCGUUCAGCGGGAAGAUGAACAGUUUGACAAUUUUGUUACGCGAGUUAGAGAGCAGGCAAAAAAAUGCUCUUUCAGUGUGCUUCACGAUUCCCUUGUAAAAGAUCGAAUCAUAAUCGGAAUCAAAUAUCUUAGCUUAGUGCCACAGCUGUUAAACGACGAUUUAACCCUCCAAAAAACUAUUGAGCUCUGCCGUAAUUUUGAGUUGACGGCGAUGCAAUCAAAGGCAUUGGUUGGGGAAGCCAAAGUGGACAUUGUGAAAACGGCGAAGCAAAAGUUGAUUGGUGGUCGAUCUGACGAAAAGGAAGAAGUUUUCCAGUGCAAAAAGUGUGGAAGAAAGCACACGAAGCGAUCUUGUCCCGCUUUCGGUAAAACUUGUAGAAAAUGUGGAUCGUCUAAUCAUUUUGCUGCUAUGUGCAAAUCGAAAAGUGUAGUGCACUCGAUACAACACUCGGAGAAGAAUGAAAUUGAUUCCGAUGAAGACUCGGACGAAUUAUUUAUCGGUUCAGUGGAAAGUUCAGGAAAUGAUAAAGAUUGGUUUGAAAUUGUGAAAGUACACAACAAGAAGUUUUCGGUAAAGCUAGACUCGGGUGCCCACUGCAACGUUGUUCCAUUAUGGUUAGUAAAGCAGCUGAAGAUCAGUCUACGGCCAUCCAAAACUAAGUGGCUUGUGUCGUUUUCAAACCAUCGGUUGCAAGUACUUGGGGAAAUUGAUCCUGUGUGCCGAAUUAAGAACAAGGAUAGCAUUAUCACGUUCAAAGUAGUAGAAGAAUCUGUAGUACCAGUGCUUGGUAAAGAAACGUGUAUUGCUCAAAGAUUGAUUGCACGAGUGGAUGCUGUUCAUGUAUUGGAUGAUACAUUGUAUGAAGGACUAGGCUGCCUGAAGGACUAUGUGUACGAUAUUGACCUGAUCUCAAACCCUCAGUGGGAAGCGACGCCAGCGCGUCACGUUCCGCAUAGCAUCAGAGCAGCAGUGAAAAAUGAGUUGGAUUCUAUGGAGCGCCUCGGAGUUAUCGAAAGGAUUCACGCCCCAACCCCAGUUGUCAACGCAAUGGUUUUGGUUAAACGGAAUGAAAAGAUACGCAUUUGCAUUGACCCAUCGCAGGUAAACAAAAAUUUAUUGAGACGGCACCAUCCUCUUACCACUGUAGAAGAGAUAGCGACCCGAUUAACAAAUUCGAAAUGUUUUACAAUCCUUGACUGUAAAAAGAGGUUUUGGCAGAUAAGGGUUACAGAAAGAACGUCCAAAUUUUUAGCUUUUGGUACUCCUUGGGGAAGAUAUGUCUGCAAGCGGUUACCUUUUGGGCUUGCUUCAGCUCCGGAAGUGUUUCAAAAAGUUAUGAACGACACACUGGAAGGCAUUGAAGGGGUAGAAAUUUCCAUGGAUGACAUUCUCAUUCACGCUGAUAGGAGUGAGAAACUGGCCAAAAUAACGGAGAAAGUUGUGAAAAGAUUGCAUUCGGCUGGGCUGAAACUGAACAGGGAUAAAUGUUCGUUUAAUCAAUCUAGUGUAAAAUUUUUGGGUCAUAUAGUCACGGACGGAGGAUUGAAAGCAGAUCCCGAAAAGUUGGAGGCUGUUAUCAAACUCAAAACACCUUCGAACAAGUCUGAGCUACAAAGGGCAUUAGGAAUGAUAACCUACAUGGGAAAGUUUGUGCCUAACUUAUCAGAUGUCACAGUUCCGCUAAGAUCACUGUUGGCCAAAGAUGUUGAUUGGGACUGGGGUUGUGAGCAAGAGAAUGCGUUCCAGAAAAUCAAAACUCUGAUGCAAUCACCACCAAUACUCAGGUAUUAUGAUGUGAAUCUACCAGUAACGCUUUCAGUAGAUGCGAGCUCCCAUGCUCUAGGAGCCGUACUACUACAACAGGGUCGCCCAGUAGCAUAUGCGUCUAAGGCUUUAACGCCUUCGGAGUUGAAUUACCCUCAAAUUGAGAAGGAAGCUACCGCCAUACGGUUCGCUUGCUCAAAGUUUCAUCAAUAUAUAUACGGGAAAAAGUUGACCAUUGAAACUGAUCAUAAACCAUUAGAAUCUAUAUUCCGAAAACCUCUUGAUAGGGCUCCUCCCCGCCUACGUAGAAUAAGAUUAGAGGUAGCCCAAUAUGACCCCACAGUCGUGUACAUCAAGGGAACUAACAUUCCGAUCCCGGACAUCUUGAGCCGUGAUGUCGAUAACUCUUCCACUGCUAACAAUGAAGAACAAUUAGAAGUACUUUUGAUAUUACAGAUAACCAAAAACGCUAGCGCGGAGCUUAAGCACCACACCGAAGCGGACUUUGAGAUGCAAUCUCUGAAAUCAAUCAUAAUCCAAGGCUGGCCGGAAACGAGAAACGAACUGUUGCCGGAAUUGCGAAAAUACUGGGGUUUUCGAGACGAAAUGGCAGUCUAUGAUGGACUUAUAUUCAAAUCAAAUCAAGUACUUAUUCCAAAAUCGCUAAGAAAAGCUAUGCUAGCGAAGGUGCACAGCGGGCAUUCGGGUAUCCAAAGCUGUAUUCGUAGAGCAAGACAAGUGUUGUUUUGGAUAGGCAUAGGUAGUGACAUCCAUGAUAUGGUAGAAGCCUGUACGAUUUGCCAACGUCAUCAACGUAAUAACACAAAAAAUACCAUUCUCCUGAAGGAUAUCCCAGGUCUUCCGUUCGAAAGAGUUGCCUCAGACCUUUUCCAUUUUAAGGGAAAGGAAUAUCUUCUCCUCGUCGACAGCUAUUCUGGGUUUUUCGACAUAAAACAAAUGCCAGAAACAACAUCCAAAAAGGUCAUCAAACAGUUGAAGGAAUGGUUCUCAGUUCAUGGUAUUCCCCAAGUUCUAGAAACAGACAAUGGUCCUCAGUACGUUUCUGCAGAUUUUCGUCAAUUUUGUAAUAAAUGGGGAUUUGAACAUCAAACUUCAAGUCCCCAUUUUCCCAGAGCAAACGGAUUAGCUGAACGGUACGUGCAAGUAGCCAAAUCAAUGCUAAAAAAAUGCAAUGACGACCAAUCUGACAUACGUCUAGCCUUACUACACAUGCGGAAUACACCUCGUAGCAGUUCUAUACCAUCACCCAAUGAAAGACUUAUGGGCCGUUUGGUGCGAUCAAAUAUGCCGAUGACACAGGAAGCGCUCAGACCUAGAGUAGCAGAGAAUGUUCAGCAUCUACUAGAACGUGAACGUGAGAUUCAAAAGGAUUUCGCAGAUAGAGGAAGCAUGAAACCACCACAGUUUAUUAAGCAGGAGAAAGUUCUCAUACAGGACCAAACAUCGCGAAGAUGGACACCGGGAACUGUAGUAAAACAACUGGAUGAAAACCGUUCGUACAUAGUGACCGAUGGUGAGAGAACAUUAAGAAGGAAUACUCAUCACUUACGCAAGCUACGCGGAGGUGAUCAGAAGGAAGAGAAUAUUCAAGAAAGCGUCCAACCAGCGGAAGUUGAUCCUGAUGAUAAUCGAAGCGAAAUAGCUGCUGAGACCAGCAACCGGAAUCAAAGCUCGUUACACUUCGAAGAAGAUGUAUCGGCAACACCUCGACUGACGCGCUCAGGACGCACAGUGAAACCUAAGAGAUUAAAUGAAUUUGAAUAUUAUUAA